ACCACCGCCACCUCCACUCUCCAAACGAUCUCUCCCCUCCGCCGCUCGCCCGAAUAAAAACCCCAGGCCGGCAUUGACGCAUCCAGCGCACCGCCAAUCCGCUAUUGCUAAGCAGCACAGUUAAGCUACCGGCGUACACCCCAGGGCUCAGGCAGGCAAGGCAGCUCCGACUUCCGGCAAGACAUUAUCAAGGAGUUCUUCGUCUUCCUCCGUCCUCCCAUCCAUCGUGCAUGAAAGCCGGCACAGCUAUAGCAGCACUCGUCCAUUGGUGCUCGUUCUUGCGAUCAAGCGAUCGGUCGAUGACGCUUGACGGCGGCAUGCCAGCCACCACCGACGGCGCCGGCGUGCCCCCGGCCGCAGAGAGGGGCGGCAGCGGCUGCGGUGCCCGCGUGGCGCCGGAGGUGGUGGUGGAGCGGGAUGGCGGUAGCGGUGCCGGCGCUACAAUCCCUGCGACGGAGAGGGCUGCCGCCGUGGCGAUCCCUGCGAUGGAGAGGGACGGCGGCGGCUCUGCCGGCGUGGCGCCGACUGAGGCGGAGAGCGACGGCGGCGGGAGGAGCUGCGGCGAGCACUGCGUCAUCCAGGUGGUGGAGGAGUCGUGCUGCGCGCGGUGCGUGUGCGUGGGCCCGAACCCGAUGAUGGCGCGGUACGUGUACGCGCUCAUCUUCCUGGUGACCAACCUGCUGGCCUGGACGGUCCGCGACUACGGCCACUCGGUGCUGGGCGAGCUCCGGCGGCUCAAGGGCUGCCAGGGCGCGCGCUACUGCCUGGGCGCCGAGGGCGUGCUGCGCAUCAGCCUCGGCUGCUUCCUCUUCUUCUUCGUCAUGUUCCUGUCCACCAUGAAGACGCGGAAGGUGCACGACUGCCGCAACUCGUGGCACUCCGAGUGGUGGCCCGUCAAGAUCGUGCUCUGGAUGGCCCUCACCGCCGUCCCCUUCUUCGCGCCCUCGCCGCUCAUCCAGCUCUACGGGAAGGUGGCACAUUUCGGAGCAGGGGCGUUCCUCGUGAUCCAGCUCAUCAGCGUGACCAGGUUCAUCACGUGGCUCAACGACUGCUGCCGAUCGGAGCUGAACCUCAAGAGAUGCCACAUGCAGGUGCUGGUGGUGUCGAUCGUGACGUACGUGGGGUCCAUCCUGGGGAUCGUGCUCAUGUACAUCUGGUACGCGCCCACGUCGGCCUGCAAGCUCAACAUCCUCUUCAUCACCGUCACCCUCGCGCUGGUGCAGCUCAUGACAUUCGUCUCCGUCAACUCCAAGGUGAAGGCGGGGUACCUGGCGCCGGGGCUGAUGGGGAUCUACAUCGUGUUCCUCUGCUGGUCCGCGAUCAGAAGUGAGCCGCACACGGAGAUGUGCAACAGGAAAGCAGCGGUCGCGACGAGCGCAGACUGGCUCAACAUCGCGAGCUUCGUGAUCGCCGUGAUCGUCGUCGUCGCGGCCACCUUCUCGACAGGGAUAGACUCAAAGUGUAUCCAGUUCAAGAGCGCCGAGACGGAGUCCGAGGACGACGACAUCCCGUACGGGUUCGGCUUCUUCCACUUCGUGUUCGCCAUGGGCGCCAUGUACUUCGCCAUGCUCUUCAUCGGCUGGAACGCGCAUCAGGAAAUGGAGAAGUGGACGAUCGACGUGGGCUGGGCGAGCACGUGGGUGCGCGUCGGCAACGAGUGGCUGGCGGCGAUCACGUACAUAUGGAUGAUCGUCGCUCCGAUCGUGUGGAAGCGGAGGCAGGUGGGGUCCUCGUCCACGUGUGCGUGAGCGAACGUUUUAUUCUCGCUCGUGCUAAUUACCUACUGAAGAACAGCUAAUCUACAAGAAAGAAAAGAGAGAAGUAGGGAGCUUGACAUGACGCUACUUCGCUUACACGACGCAUGGACGGAUGAUGAUGAUGAUGAUGAUGAUGACGAUCAAGAAGUGUUGGUCAGUCGCUCGUUUUUUGCCCAAGUUGGAGGUAAAAGAGAGUGGGAGAGAAAGGAAAGAGCCGAACGUGUUCCUCUUUGUAUAUAAGGCCAAUUUUGCUUUGUGGCCGUUGCAGAUAAAAACUAAUUCUUUUGGAGUUGAGUUGAUUGUAUAUUCUCACUCCGAAAAGAAAUAUUUACCAAGGAAACAACUCGUGACCGAAUUUCAAAUUCCUUGUGGGUGCCGACAUGUUUGCGCCUGGAAA